UUGCAUUCAUAUCUCAUACCACUCCCCCCUUCCUUUCUUCAUCCAUUUCAUAUUCUUCUUAACAAAUACAUCAUGAAAUUGAUCAAAAUGACCAUGGUGGUGCUGGCUAUCAUAAUAACAUUUGAGUUUUUCAUUGUAGCUAAUUCACAAGGUCAACUCAAAGUAGGGUUUUACAAUCAGGUGUGUCCCAACGCAGAAUCAGUGGUUACUAAUAUUGUGAGAGAUGCAGCGAAGUCCGACCAUCGUAUUCCUCCUGGCUUGCUCAGGCUUCACUUUCAUGACUGCUUUGUUGAGGGGUGUGAUGGGUCCAUAUUAACAGAUAAUGGUAACACUUCAGAGAAAGGUGCAUUCGGGCAUCAAGGGUUAAUAGGGUUUGACAUAAUAGAGGAUGCAAAAGCAAAGUUGGAAAGUUUAUGUCCUGGUGUGGUUUCAUGUGCGGAUAUUGUGGCCAUGGCUGCAAGAGAUGCUGUUGCAUUCAGUCAUGGACCAGUUUAUCAAGUUGAAACCGGAAGGAAGGAUGGUCUAGUGUCAAACAUUGAUCUUGCUAAUAGAAUGCCUGAUGUGAGAGAUUCAAUACAGCUUCUGAAACAAAAGUUCAUUGAGAAGGGGCUUAAUGCCAAAGACCUUGUGAUUCUCAGUGCUGCACAUACUAUCGGUUCAACUGCGUGCUUCUUCAUGGAGGAACGGCUCUACAACUUUGCAUCACGUGGUGGUCCAGACCCGAGUAUCAACCCUCGUUUGCUACCUGAACUGACAUCGACAUGCCCUAAAAAUGGAGACGUUGGCGUCAGAUUACCAAUGGAUCAUGGGAGCGAAGACACAUUUGACAUUCAAAUCCUACAAAACAUUAGGAGUGGUUUUGCGGUGCUACAGUCGGAUGCAAAGCUUAUGGACGACGUGACAACAAGGGGAAUAGUAGAUUCGUAUUUCGGGGUGUUGGCUCCGUUAACUGGACCAUCAUUUGAGGCGGAUUUUGUGACUUCCAUGAUAAGAAUGGGUAGAAUUGGGGUCAAGACCGGUUCUAAUGGAAAUAUUAGGCGUCUAUGUAAAUCGUUUAAUUAACAUGAUAGAAUAAAAGGAGCUAGUGUCUCUUGCAAAUUACGAUCAUAGACUUAUUUUUGUUAUAUAUACAGGAGCUAGUGUCACUUGCAAAUU